CAACUAUUAAUCAGGAUUUAAUUAAUGAGAAAGAUAUCCCAUUUAUGCCUUGUGACAUAGAGGAAUAUAAUGAGUAUAUAAAUAAUACUCCACACUAUGUUUAUGACUUUAUGAAUACAAAGUUAUUUGAGUCCAAGGUAAAGGAUAUUCUUAUUAAAGGAAAAGAUGAUGAAGGAGAAACUGUAGAUAUGACUAAGCUCCGAAUAGAACAUGUGAAGGCUUUUCCGAUCAGAAAUUGGAGAUACACAUAA